AUUCAUCUAAGAGUAUAUGUAGAGUAGCUCGCAUUGCUUCAACUUCAAUUGCGACUGCCCUCAAUUGAUCUUGAUCCCAUCUGACUACCCCUACCUACGUAGGUACCCUCUACCACACGCAGGUCCUCCAACCCAAGCAGUCACUACCAAGGAUAUACCACCCCAACCAGACUCUUCCGAAAGAAGGAAAGAAAAACAGAGAUGUGCCAAUACACAGCAACCCACCACCCCACCUGCAGCCACACCUCCUUCCACCUCUACGUCUUCUGCCGCCGCAUCCUACACGAGCUCAACCGCAUCAACGAUCCCGCUCAAUGCGAUGCCGCUGACCUCCCUUUUGAUCCGCCGGAUUGUGAGCCCCGGAUGGGCGUUAAUGUUGUUAGUGUUGGGGUUGGUGGAAGGGGGUGUCCUUUUUGUGGGUGAUUUUUUUUUCUUUUUUUCCUUUCGAGGGAAAUGGAGUAGAAGGGAGGGAGGGAACAAUACAGAGAGUGGAGGGAGUUAGAGGGGAUAGAUGGGUUGGGCUUA